GUGGCAUCUCGCUGGCAUUACUUUCGGCAGUUGCCUCCGCCUUCGUGGCGCGCGCAGUGAUCAAGCCGCCCCAAGAGGAACGCCUCUCCUCGUGCUCCGCAGCCCAGAAUGGCACGAGCACCUGUGCGGCCUGGGAGCUUGCUGGAGUCAACGUGACAGAUCCUUCCACAGGAUCCAGGAAGAUGGAUUUGGCGGAAACCCUCGACGACUGUUGCAAAGGCUGUGACGAAGUGGUCGACUGCCAGGGGUGGAUCUUCGAGCACCUGGACAAGCGAUGUCGGUGGGUGCACUUCCUGGACAAGGUGUGCAACAGCAACCCAGGGGAUCUCAGCUGCCGAUGUUUUACGAGCCGCGGGAUAGCCUUCAGCUUCAAGCCCCCGAAGAAGACGUACCUGAUCUGGGUGGAAAGUGACUGGGGCUAG